GUAACUGGACAUCUACCAGUAACGUUCUAGGUGCAUGGUGUGGAAAUGAACAGCCCCAGUUUUGCCGUACCCGAGGUGCCACGACUCUCCUGUUUAAAACUGACGAAUCUAACGUCUUUAGAGGAUUCAAACUGUCAUACAAACAGACUCGAGAACGUUGCAGCUGCAGUGACCAGGAACUAACUGCCCACUACUAUGUGAGAACACUUACAUCGCCUAACUACCCAUUUAGUUAUGCCAACAACAUGGAUUGUUCGUGGAAAAUCUCUACAUCACCGGGAAGAUUUGUUCAGAUAAAGUUCCUGAAUAUGAAGAUAGAAUCGAGCAGCGGAUGUUUGGCCGACUACGUUAAGAUUUAUAAUG